CCCCGAGGGAUUCUGGGCUGGAAUCUCUUCCUCUUGCUUGCUGCUUUGUUGCUGGUGUGUGAAGUGAAAGCUCUGAGAGGUGGCUGGUGGUGGAGAUGGCACAGCAUAUUGGGAGCUGCAAGUUAUACAUCUCUGAGAUACCAGGUUUCCAGGAGAUUUCCCAGCUCACUUCCUACCAAGUUGUAACUCCACAGAGACUGGGAAGAGGACGACGAGAGGCUUCCAACAGCUCCUCCAUACAGGACAAGGUGUCAUAUUCUGUUGAGAUUGAGGGAAAAGAAUACACCAUUCAUCUAGAAAAGAACAAAGAACUGCUGCCCAAAGAUUUCACCGUUUAUACUUAUGAUAAGGAGGGAAAGUUGCAAUUGGAAUAUCCAGAUGUCCAGGAUCACUGCCAUUAUCGGGGAUUCGUGGUGGGGACCCUGGAUUCCGUGGUGGCUGUCAGCGCUUGUUCGGGGCUCAGGGGUUUGGUGACAAUGGGGAAUGUCACCUAUGGGAUUGAGCCCAUGCAUCCCUCUUCUGGCUCUAAACACAUUUUAUAUCGACUGGAUAAUGUGAAGAAAGAACCCACAAUGUGUGGAGUAACUGCUGAAGGCCAGGAAGGGGAACAUGCAGAGGGAAAUCUCCAUCCCAGUAUGACCCAGCUGCUGCGGAGAAAGAGGGCGGUCCUGCACCAGACAAGAUAUGUGGAGUUGUUCAUAGUUGUGGAUAAAGAAAAGUUUGAAGACUUUGGGAAGAGUGAAACAGAAGUAAGAGAACAUAUGGUGCAGCUGGCAAACUUCCUUGACAGUAUGUAUGUUAUGCUGAACAUCCGCAUCGUGCUGGUCGGUCUGGAGAUCUGGAAGCACGAGAACAUCAUCAGCACAGACGGGGGGGCUGGUGAUGUGCUGGCCAACUUCGUACAGUGGAGAGAGAAGAACCUCGUUCUGCGGCGGAGACACGACAGCGCCCAGUUUGUCCUGAAGAAGGGUUUUGGUGGCACAGCUGGAAUGGCCUAUGUGGGAACAGUGUGCUCCAAGAGCCAUGCAGGAGGCAUUAACGUGUUUGGAAGGAUCAGUAUCCAGAUGUUUGCAUCCAUCAUGGCUCACGAGCUCGGCCAUAACCUGGGGAUGAACCAUGAUGACGAACGAGUCUGUCACUGUGGGGCAAGCAGCUGCAUUAUGAGCUCUGGAGCAUCGGGAUCAAGGAACUUCAGCAGUUGCAGUGCAGAAGACUUUGAGAAGCUGACACUCAACAAAGGUGGGAGCUGCCUGCUCAACGUUCCGAAGCCCGAUGAGACCUACAGCGUCCCAUACUGCGGGAACAAGCUGGUGGAUGCUGGGGAGGAGUGUGACUGUGGCUCACCAAAGGAGUGUGAAAGCGAUCCAUGCUGCGAGCCAGGAACCUGCCGGCUCCGAUCCGGCGCUGAAUGCGCUUACGGUGACUGCUGCAAAAACUGCCAGCUCCUUCCUGGAGGCACCGAGUGUCGGGCAAGUUCCAACGAGUGUGACCUCCCGGAGUACUGCAACGGCUCCUCUCAGUUCUGCCAGCCGGACUUCACGGUGCAGAACGGGCACCCCUGCCACGGGCAGGACGCCUACUGCUACAACGGCGUGUGCCAGUACUACGAUGCACAGUGCCAGGACAUCUUUGGCUCCAAAGCCAAAGCAGCCCCCAACAUUUGCUUUGCUGAAGUGAAUUCCAAGGGGGACAGAUUUGGCAACUGUGGUUUCCAUGGCCAUGACUACAAGAAAUGUUCCAGCUGGAAUGCCAUGUGUGGGAAGCUGCAAUGUGAAAAUGUGAAAGCCAUGCCUGUGUUUGGAAUCAAGCCUGCUAUUAUCCAAACUCCCAUCAGAGGCACCACAUGCUGGGGGGUGGAUUUCCAGCUGGGCUCUGAUGUCCCCGACCCAGGAAUGGUGAAUGAAGGUACCAAGUGUGGUAAUGGAAAGAUCUGCAGGCACUUCCAGUGUGUGAGUGCCUCUGUCCUGAACUAUGACUGUGAUGUGGAGAAGCAGUGCCAUGGGCAUGGGGUGUGCAACAACAACAGGAACUGCCACUGUGAAGCAGGCUGGGCCCCCCCUUUCUGUGACUCCAAAGGCUACGGGGGCAGCGUGGACAGUGGCCCUCCAUACAAUGACAAAGACACGUCGCUGCGCAAUGGGCUGCUGGUGUUCUUCUUCCUGGUGCUCCCACUGCUCGUGGCUGCUGCUCUGGCCUUUGCUAAGAGGGACAGGCUGAAGCGAUGCUUCAGGAGGCUGAUGUCCCGCUGCCACUCGUCACUUCAGUCUCCUCCUCCUCGGCCAGACGCUGAACCCAGGGCCUGCCAGCAGAGAGGCUUCUCCCGUGGCAUGCCAUAUGCUCCAAGAGCUGUACCCAUGGAUAUGCAUCCAAAUACCUUUCCUGUCCCAGCUUACCCAGUUAACCAGCACUCUCAGCAGGCUUUCCACCAGCCCUACUACUCCCCGCCGCAGUACCCGGUGCAGCAGCCGCAGAGGGUGCCCAGCAGGCCCCCGCCCCCGCAGCAGAAGCUCGUACCUCAGGGACCGCCGGCACCACAGCAGAAAUGUUUACCUCAGGGACAGUACUUCCCUUCCCGACCGGCACCUCUGCCUCCCAAAUAGCUUUGGGCUUCCUUGGGGCCUCGGUGUGAGCUGACCUGCUGGCUGUGACAGCUGAAAUUGCAGUUCCCCUUCUGGCAUCCCACGGCAGUGCCGGCAGCCUCCCUGCUGCAGCCUGGGACAGGGCAAACAGCGAUCCAAACCAGGAAUGUAGAACUUUACACUCAAUAAAUACCUCGACCAAAGCUCCAGGGACUGAAACACCCAGCCAGCCUGUCCCUCGCUCUGUCCAAGCUUUGCCACUGCAGCCAGGCCAGCAGCAGGAGUGCAGCAGCCUGCAGGGAAAUAAUCCUGCAAUCCAGCACCUGGGUUUGGGUUCCCCAUUUCUGCCACGAGCCCUGGUAAGGAAAUUGUCUGACUUGUUGUUGUCUCUCUGACUGUGCAGUAUGGAAUUGGAGUAACCUGUUUGCAAAGCAAGGAGAUCUGGUCAGUUAAUUUAGUUACUCUGCAUGGACUGGGAAGUGUUUCCCAUGGACAUCUUAAAUGCAUAAAUGGAAUGAGGUCUCAGAGGACUAUUUGAGGAAGAGAGGUCUAUUUUAAACAUGUUUAUGCAUGUAUAUAUGUUUAUAGAUGCAUAAUAAUGCACUUAAAUUCUUAACUCCAUGCUGACUGACACUCAGCUGUGCUAUAGGAGCACUGAGUUUAAUGCUUUUUAAUUAGAGAGUGGCAAAAUGAGACUCCUGUUCUAAUUCCCACUAAUACAUGGCAGUGAUGAUAAAGGUACGAGAAGACAGCCGUGUUCUGGUUUUAAAAGACGGGGUUCUGUUAGGUUUUAAUUUGGGUCUAAAGACGGCAGCAAUCCCUGCAGAACACUGGGAAGCAGGAAGUGUCUCUGCCUGGGCCACCAGAGGUUCUCUGAGCACUUUAAAUGGGAACCUGGUGACUGAUGCACCCCCUCUUUUAAUAUCCAAACCCUGGUAGUGCCAGUCGGGAUGUGUCUGGGCUGCUGUGUCAGACUAGACUGCCCUCUGCUCCUGCACCAUGGGCUAAACUCCUCCUGAGCAGAGGUGCUCAGCAUCCACCGUGCUGAGAGAGGGAGCUGGAGAUCCUGAUCCCAUGGUGCUGUGGGUAGAAGCUGGAUGUUGUGGUCAGAAAUAGAAAUCUAUUGCACAACUUGCUAAAAGUGAGGUUCUAUUGCACAAAUUUGCUAAAAGUGAGACAAGUGCUGAAGAGUGUGCUGGGCUGUUUCACUCUGUGCUCACCACAAGCACAGCUCAAUCUGUAAAAUCCCCCUAAUAUUGCCAAAAAAUAAUCUUUUCCUCUGUAUAUACAUACAUAAGUAUAUAUAUAGUGUGUGCAGUAAUAAAAUACUUGAACUCCUGUGGUUUCCCAUAAACUUUAGACUAAGAUUUAUAACACUAUUAAAAUCUGUAAAAUGUCACCUAGAAUUUCACCAACUGUACUGGUGGGGGGUCUGCUUUUUGUUCCAAGAUUAUUUCUUAAUUGUGUUGCUGUGUCCCGCUCUGCCUGAGUGGGCUGUCUGUCUGUCUGUCUGUCUGUCUGUCACAAUGAGCUCUGCAGCUGGAUGCAGCCCAUCUCCAGCCCUGCUCAGAGGGUGGGGAAAGAGGAGGGGAUCCAAGGAAUGAAGUCAUCCAGAGAGAUGCACUUAACUGUGUGUGUGAACUAAACUGUGCUAAAAUCGGUGCCUUUACUAGACAAAGAGUUUUUGUACUCCGAGCCCGCGCGCUGGAACAGCCGCAGUUGCGGAAGGCAGGGCUGUGUGCUUUCAGAAGCGAUCCCAUGGACAGGAAAUAGCUCCAGUUUCUGAUGUUGAAUGCUGAAGAUGACUACUGACUUUCUUUCGUCAAGAGAACAGAUACCUGUCCCCGGACGGGGCUGUGUUCACCUCCAGGCUGGCCCCACGCUGCUUUCUGGCCAAAGGGCUGUUCCUGAUCCCUUUGUACAGAGCCAAGGAGCAAUAAAGAUGCCAGUUUUGUACAA